AUGGCGCCGUCGACGAAGCGCAGCCGACCGGAGAUCGUGCCGAAUCCCUCCACCGAGCGGGCUCAGCCAGUGACUGCACCUCUGCCGCCGUUGAGCUCCAAAACCGUGCCAAGCUCCAAAGCUGCCCCAGCGCCGCCAGGGGCCCCGAAGCGCCUCAUCAUCACUUGCGAUGGCACAUGGAUGGACUCGCUCGGCGAGAAAGGCGGCGACCCCCAGUCAAACGUGACCCGGAUCUCACGCGUCCUUCGCCGAACAUGCCAGAACGGCAUGCACCAGAUCAUCGCCUACAACCCAGGCGUCGGUAGUGGUAAUGCGCUCGACCGUGUCACCGGCGGCAUGCUAGGCGUUGGCCUUGAGCAGGCCAUUCGCGAGGUCUACAAUUUCAUCUGCACCAACUACGUGGAUGGCGAUGAGAUCGUCCUCGUCGGUUUCUCGCGCGGCGCUUUCACGGCCCGGUCCGUGGCCGACAUGGUCGCCUCGAUCGGCCUGUUGACGCCUGCCGGCCUCGACUACUUUUUUGCCAUUUUCGACGAUUACGAGCACAUGGGCAGCUCCAAGCGUGCCCAGGAGGACUUUCUCUGCGACGAUCUGCCUCCUUACGCAGGACAGCUGGGCGAGGACAAGUUGCGCUGGGAAGCCCAUCGUAAAGACAUCUACAGGCGCUGGCUCAAGACGCUUGGCUACACGCGAGACACGCAUGCCGAUGGCAGAACCCUCAUCACGAUCAAGGCCCUCGGCGUCUGGGACACUGUUGGCACUCUCGGCGUCCCUCCUGUACCCGUCAUUGAUCGGGUCGAGAAUGCCUUUCAGGCCCUCGCCCUCGACGAGCCGCGGUUUGCCUUUCGACCUGCCCUCUGGGAGCGCGUCCGCGAAAACCGCACCAAUCUGAAGCAGGUCUGGUUCCCUGGUAAUCACGGCGGUGUUGGUGGUGGCUGGCACGAUCAGCAGAUCGCCACCAUUUCGCUGGCCUGGAUGUGUGAUCAGCUGUCGACGGUAGGGAUUGAGUUCAGCCUUCCUCGCAUGACUGAGGUCUUUCUCGAAGGUCUUCGUUACAAUGCCGCCCAUCCUUUCCCCGUCGUUGGUACGACAAGCCCGCUCCCUGCGUGGGCUUCCUUCUUGUGGCAGCAGCAACCCAAACUUCUGCCCUGGGGCGCCCCGGACAUCUGCCGCGCGACACACAUCGUCCGUGACGAGACAGAACACGACGACGCCACAUGCAGGCACCCCCGUGCCCGCCCUGAGCAGUACUGGCAGACGGCACGGCCGUGGGCGCUGGGCCAGAUCCGCGCUCCUACGAGCCGUCUGCAGAUGAUGGCUGGUGAGACAGUGCGCAAUCCCGGGCUCUUCAUGCGAGCCGACUGUGACACAAACAAGGACACCGACCAGCCACUUCUCAACACAAACGAGCGCAUCCAUAGCUCGGUCCGUGUACGGCUCGCGUGCGAAGGUCUCGGCCUCGAUGACGGAGAAACCUGGAGGUGCAAGUCACUGAGCGGCGGCUCGCGCAGUGGCCGACAGAUCUGGCGGUUGGCGCACGGGUCCGCCUUUCGGCCGGCGGCAGUGGAUGCCCUACGCAUGUUCCGCCCCAGGGAAGUGGAGCUAGGGUAUCCCGCCGAGUACCUCUACCCCGUCGACGAGCGCGAUGGCCAGUGGCAAUGGGUGUUUGAUCAGGAGGGAGACAUCACGGGCGCUGGACAUGAACGGGUGCCGCAGGCCCUGGUGCUGCCAGAGGAGCCGAUGGUCGGUUAUUGGGAGAAGUACCUGCUGGCUCUUACCUCGGGCUAUCCCGAUGUUUGGCGGUAUGCUGAGAAGCACCCUCCUUUUGCCUACAACUGAGUGCCGAGGGUCUUGUUUAAGCCGGGGCAUGUUUUGAUACCACUUGAGCGAUGCGCCCUGUUAGAAUUGCAUGUUGUCUUGCCAUUGAUUAUUCUCGGUAUUCUAAUCCAGCUGACACUCUGUGCUGCAUGUAAACAUGGUUCCAUUUGCCUG